AUUUUUUUGGAAAAAUAAAUUAAUAAUAAAAUUGAUUUCUCAGUAUCAAUAGGCUCUUCCAAUGGAGGUCCUCGCGACCUCAGCCAUUGCAGCUUCGUCUCCUCAUAUUUCCGUUUCUACGCUCUUUAAGAAUCACGUCUCUUCCGCCUACGAGGUAAUUCCAAGGAAAUAUUGGGAUACAAAAAUUGUGAAAAUAGAACUGCAAUGUUCCUUGAGAUGCAUAAGGACAAAUUGUAGUGUCAAAUCAAGAAAUAGUAGUGGUGAUAAUGAUGAUGGAGCUUUCAAACAAAGUUUUUUGCUUCAGCCACUGUGGAGUCUCAGUAAAAGUUUUUCUGUUAAGUUUGGUUUGUUUUCAUUAAGCUACAGAUGGAUCCCUAAAUGGAAGAAAUUUUAUGGUAGUGCCCAGGAAAAGAUUAACUGUUUAGAAGAAAAUACACCACAAUUAUACAUUCCUUUUGCCAGAUUAGUUGUUGGAGUGAUGCUGGUUAUGUCACUUUCGGUUGCUAUUAGCAAGAGUCCAUCCUAUUAUGCAGGGGCCCUAACUGAGGAGAAUCUUCUCUUCUUGGAGGCAUGGAGAACAAUAGACAGGGCAUAUGUUGACAAAUCUUUUAAUGGACAAAGUUGGUUUCGAUAUAGAGAAAAUGCACUUAGAAAUGAACCGAUGAACACACGAGAGGAGACAUAUGUGGCAAUAAAGAAGAUGAUUGCAACACUUAAUGAUCCUUUCACUCGGUUUUUGGAGCCAGAAAAGUUUAAGAGUUUGCAGUCUGGAACUCAAGGUGCUGUUACAGGUGUUGGGCUGUCUAUUGGCUACCCUACAAAACUUGAUGGAUCUCCUCCUGGGCUUGUUGUAAUAUCAGCUGUUCCGGAAGGUCCUGCAAACAAAGCUGGUGUUUCGUCUGGGGAUUUUAUUCUGGAAAUUGAUGAUACAAGUACAGAAACAAUGGGUAUAUAUGAUGCAGCAGACAGGUUGCAGGGACCUGAAGGAAGUUUAGUGAAAUUGACCAUUCAAAGUGGGUCAGAAAUAAAGCACCUGGAUUUAACGCGUGAGAGAGUUUCAUUGAACCCGGUGAAGUCAAGACUAUGCAAGUUGCCCAGUUCAGGGAAGGAUUCCCCUUUGAUUGGAUAUAUUAAACUAUCAUCAUUCAAUCAAAAUGCAUCGGGCGCUGUCAAGGAAGCAAUUGAUACUUUACGAAAGGAUGGUGUUAAUGCCUUUGUGUUGGACCUUCGAGAUAAUAGCGGUGGUCUAUUUCCUGAAGGAAUUGAGAUUGCAAAGAUUUGGCUGGAUAAAGGUGUAAUAGUUUAUAUAUGUGAUAGUCGUGGUGUUCGAGAUAUAUAUGACACAGAUGGAAGCAAUGCAAUAGCAGCUUCUGAACCCCUAGUUGUGCUGGUUAACAAGGGAACUGCUAGUGCAAGUGAGAUAUUAGCAGGAGCAUUGAAAGACAAUAAACGUGCUGUGUUGUUAGGAGAACCUACAUUUGGAAAGGGCAAGAUUCAGUCAGUUUUUAAGCUUUCUGAUGGCUCUGGAUUAGCUGUUACAGUUGCUCGUUAUGAAACUCCUGCUCACACAGAUAUUGACAAGGUUGGAGUGAUUCCUGACCAUCCUCUGCCAACAUUAUUUCCCAAAGAUGAAGAUGGAUUUUGUGGCUGCCUUCAGGACUCUGCAUCGGCUUGCUAUUUGAACAAAGUCCAAUUGUUUUCCAGAUGACAAAGUUUUAGCAGAUUCGAAGAAAACUAAUUUUUUUGGUUGUGUUACUGUAUUCUUUUGAGGGUUCAUUGUCUCAGUUAAGCUGAACAGAACCCAGAAUUGGAGACUGCUAAAUCGUUCGUUAUUAAGAAAAAUAUCAUUUUGGACUCGAA